AUGGCAGACGCAGAGGAGGAUGCCAUUCAUGGCCCAUCAACCGUGGAGGCCACACAGGUUGAGACUGACCUGUCAGACGAGACCCAGGACUUUCGACUGCUAAACCACCUCAAUUUCCUCACAGACACAUCUUCAUCUAGUCUUCCCCGCCGCGGCGAGAAAGACUUUGAACCCAACCCAACCGAAUUCCAAGCCGAUAUCCUCUCAGCUUCACGACAGGCCAUGCACAAUGCGCUCUCACACCCGCGUAUCCAUAACCCGAAGAAUCAGGUUGUGGGAAUUUAUGCGCCAGAUGGAUAUGUACCACCGCAGCCCAAGUCAUCGAAUCCGGCGUAUGCUAGUAGAGGCCCGUCCAUCUCGCCAGAUGCCUGCGUUUACGUGCCUACUCCGAAGGGCCAACACUUUAAAUCGAUUGGACAGGCUGAUAAGUUGAAUCGCGUCUGGCUGUUACCCGAGGAGGGAUUAUACUUGCUAGAGCGAGGAAGUCUGGAUAUUCGGUGGCCAGACUCAUUGACUGGAUGUGAGGAAAAGAAUGAUUCAGGUGAAGAGAACAGUGCUUUACCUGCUAUUCCGAUGAGUCUGCAGGCCGCGUAUUCGUGCUUCGUCGGAAGGGGUGGACUGACAUUGGAGCGAUACUCCGUAUACACGGGGUUGAAGCGUCUCGGAUAUGCGCUUACACGAGCACCUGGCUGGGAUGAUGCAGGUGUUCCAGAGAACACAAGCGACAAUCAGCUCGAUGCAUACACGAACCCGCAGACACGAGGUGCCGGCCUCAGUGGAAUAUUCGGCAGCCUGUUUAACUGGAUCCACGAUCCCCUCUCCACAGCUUCCACAGCGGCUGGCCCGGUCGUGGGAUGCGGAAUUCAUCGUAAUUAUAGUGACGUAUACCGUAAACUCGCCAUAACUCCUUGGUAUGACCCAGUCCUCGCUCAACAGAGAGACGCCCUCGAUACCGCAGCUCCAUUCAGAGUUGUAUUCCAUGCCUACAAGCCCGCAACACCAAUUAAGAAAUCCGCCUUCCCACCCCCCGAUUUCCGCAUAGCAGUCGUCAGCUCCCGCGAGCAGACUACCAUCCCGACUCUUUCUCAGCUUGGCGCUUUGCUAGAAAGCACUCCGCUGAAUCCUCCACACGGGGAGAAAAUGGAGCGAAUGCUCUACAUGCGUCUACGACAUGGCUACCGCAAUGUUGUCAUGGCUGUCGUUGAUCAAGGUGUUGUUAGUUAUAUACGGAUUGCAGAUUCUGCUUUUGGGAAUGAAAAGUUGUACGAUGUGAAGAACGUCCCUCGUCCUAAGCGUCAUGGGAAUUACAAAGGUUCGAGGAAGCUAUGA